UUGUGUGUGUAACUGAUGAGCAGUAAUAACAUCCACCUGAGGCUGGGCUCACACUCUCAGGGUCAAGUCCAAAUCCCAACCGAGUUUACACGUCGUUCAUGCACGAGGUCACGAUCACGAGAGCAGCUCAUGGAGAGAGAUCAGUUCAUCACCAGGCUGCGAGAUGCUCUUCAGGGUGAGAGGGAGAAGACCUCCAAGCUGCAGUCUCGCUGUAACCAGCAGGCAUUAGAAUUAAAACGCAGAGAGCAGCUCAUCAACAGGAUGAAGGAGAAGCUCUCGCAGUUUACAGACAGACACCGAGGCCUGUCUAUAGAGACCAUAAAUGCUCAUCCUAAGCUGCUAGGACAGAGAGAGCCUGUGUCCCGGAGAGCACAGUCUGAUGGCAGGAAAGAGGAGGCUCUGAGGUUAAUGCUGGAGAGGAGGGAGGCUGAACUCAGGGAAGCUAUGAAGCUGCGUCACAGCCUCACGACUCUACUGCACGCGCUCAGAACUGACAUGCAGCAGACUCUAGAGGAGGUUGUGAACACCGAGGAGGAGGAAGAGGAGAAGACGGCCACGAGCAGGCUAGUCCAAUCAGAGCAGUCGCUUGGUGAUCAUGUGACAGGUGGUGUGUUUCUGGAGUGGACACACGUACAGAAGAGGAUGAGGGAGCUGCAGGCACAAAGCCCAGUUGCAGUGAGAACAGACCAGGAGAAGCUCUUGGCUCAGCUUGAAGAAGAGCUGGAGCAGAGCAGAGAGUUGGUCCGAGUGCAGCAGCAGCUUCUGCAGGAAAGUGUGGCUGUUCCUCUCCCAGACCCACUGGUCGACUCUUACUAUCUUGAGGAGUGGGAACGGCUUCAGGACAAGUGGGCGGAAUUUGACAGACAAAGGAGGAGCUUCCAGCAGGAGAGACAGGCCUUCACUGAUGCCGCAAUCCGAUUGGGCCGUGAGAGAUGUGAGUUUGAACAGCAGAAGGCCUCUCUGCUGAAACAGCAGUUCCUCAGCACAUCUCCAGUUAUGAAGACUUCACACUCUAACAGGAGAGAGAGCACAGUGCUCAGUGAACUGCGAAUGAUGGCUCCAGGUCGUCUGUCUCUGUCACCCUGUGUCACUCCAACCUCUGAGGGCUCAGAGGUCAUGCCCUGGUCAGGGCAGAAUACAGGAAUGACUCCCAACACCCCUGAGCUCUACUGUAUGCUUCAGCUCCCAUUUUACUGCAGGGAGUUUGACAGUCCUCUGUCUGAGACUUGGGUGAAAGAGACGCAGAGAGGUGACUUCAGUCUGGACAAACAAAACAUGGACAACUUUUAAUUGUGUGUGAGGAGGGUGAUGCUGUUUGUAUAAAUAACAUAAAUAAAGACAUUUAAACUCUA